AUGCGUAGGCCGGCGGAUUUCUUCCGUUUUGAUCCGAUGGUCUUUCCAGUUGUUCUGACAGAGAAGAGCACGUGCUAUCUCUACUAUCAAGUUGGCGCCAAGAAUACGAUCCCUUUUGGAGAGGCCGGGUUCGCCAGUUAUGAGAGUGAAAGCCAGGUCAUUCAAAAUCCAGGAGCGGGCAUGUGGGUGGAUGAUGUUGCUCUGACGACCACCUGCAGCGCGGAAGUGGGCGCGGUCAUAUCGCCCGGGUUUUCGGGAACUGCAAGCGGGUGCCACUUGAAGAUAUACCCGACGCCUGCCCCGACGCCAGCCCCGACGCCAGCCCCGACGCCAGCCCCGACGCCAGCCCCGACGGCGGCCCCGACGGCGGCCCCGACGCCAGCCCCGACGGCGGCCCCCACGCCAGCCCCGACGCCCGUGCCAACGCCGACGCCAACCGCGGCGACGCCGGCUCCCACGGCGCCGCCCGCGGCGGGAGGGGCCGGGACACCGGCUCCCAGUCUCGUCGCCGUGUCGGCCGCCGGGGACCCGCACCUCGUCAACGUGUACGGCGAGCGCUUCGACCUCGUGAGGCCGGGCAACCACACGAUGCUCGCAAUCCCGCGAGGCGUGACGCCACGGAGGGCGCUGCUCCACGUGGAGGCGCACGUGGAGCAGCACGGUGGGGCGUGCGCGGACAUGUACAUCGACAUGUUGGGCGUCGCUGGCAGAUGGGCGGCCAGGCAGUAUCUCAACGGCAGGGGCGUGCAAUACUACGCCCGGAAACGGGAUGGCCGGCUGUCGGGCUGGAGGAAGUACGGGUCCGUGCACAUGAAGGUAGUCUGGGGCAGCACUGCGUCUGGGAUACAGUAUUUGAACCUGCUCGUGAAAAACCUGAGCCACGCCAGGUACCCCAUCGGGGGUCUGCUCGGCGAGGACGACCACUCUCAGGAUGCGACUCCGAGGGCCGACUGCAAGCGGGUCACGGAAGUCUGA